CGAUCCUUUUUUGGAUCGGAUUGUCAAAUUGCUAAAGGACUUAGUCCCCAAAAUUCCAUUAGAUGUAGAUCAAACACUCACAGCUCUGUACCGCCACAAGGCCCCAUUCCUCCAGGUCUGACGAGGAAAAAUUCGCUCAAAAAAUCUCCAAUUCACAAGCUCAAUAAGACGUCCACUCCUGUUUUGCCAAGAAAAAAUGGCCAAAAAGAAUUGAAGUCGGUGAACAGUUUGAACGAUAAAACUGUUAAUGAUAAAGUGUUGCCUCAAAUCCACACGGAAGAGAGCGCUGCAAGAACCUCUCCUAGAUUGAGCGUGUUCAAUAGAUUGAAGAUCAUGUUAGAGACCACGGGAUGUGUGAAGGGAAAAGAUGAAUAUUCCUUGUAUAUAUUUGCUCCGGAUAAUAGAUUUAGAAAGUAUUGUUGUUGGUUGGUGAAACAAAACUGGUUUGACAACGUCAUUCUACUCUUCAUUGCAUUGAACUGCAUCACAUUAGCAAUGGAAAGGCCUAAUAUACCACCAGACAGCACGGAGAAAUUAUUUCUGCAAAGUUGUAAUUAUAUUUUUUCUGUUGUUUUUGCCACGGAAAUGUUUGUGAAGGUAGUAGCAGCUGGUAUGUGCUACGGUCCAAAUGCAUAUUUCACGUCAGGUUGGAAUAUAAUGGAUGGUUCCUUAGUAAUAAUUUCUUUAGUAGAUAUAAUUAUGUUUUUAAUCAACGAUACUACCUCUAGAAUAUUUGGAAUAUUGAGGGUAUUUCGACUGUUGAGGUCACUUCGUCCGUUACGAGUAAUAAACAGAGCACCUGGUUUAAAAUUAGUCGUACAAACAUUGUUAUCUUCUCUGAGGCCCAUAGGAAAUAUAGUUUUGAUUUGUUGUACAUUUUUUAUCAUAUUUGGGAUUCUUGGAGUGCAGUUAUUCAAGGGAACGUUUUACUAUUGUUCGGGCGAAAAUCUUACCGAUAUUGAAACUAUGGAUGAUUGUCUCGCGAAAGGUUACGAUUGGAAGAAUCAAAAAUAUAAUUUCGAUGAUUUGGUGCAAGCAUUGAUGUCACUCUUCGUUUUAAGUUCAAGAGAUGGUUGGGUCAAUAUUAUGUAUACUGGAUUGGACGCUGUUGGAGUUGAUAAACAGAUUCUGCUUAGGAAACAUUUAUCUCAUAAAUGGUUUGCAUCUUAUGUAUCGGGUAGAAGUCAAAUGAUCAAAUAUACAACAGUAUCUGAUGUUUGUGACAUAUCUAACGGAGUACCACAAGGCUCAGUACUCGGACCUACCCUAUUUCUACUCUAUAUCAACGACUUGACUACCAUCGAUAUAGAGGGCAAAUUUAUUUUAUUUGCCGACGACACUACAAUAUUAUGGCGCAAAACCAACACUAAUGAUCUAUAUAAUGCCAUCUGCUCUGAUAUUUACAAACUCUCAGAAAUGAAUGAACCUCCUUACUACAUCAACUAUGCCCCCUGGAGAUUAGACAUUCACAAAAUCGUGACGUCAAAAUAUUUCGAUUUAGCUAUAGCCCUCGUCAUAGGGUUGAACGUUAUAACUAUGGCCACGGAACGGUAUCACAUGCCAAAUUACUGGGAAUACGGACUUAGGAUUUUUAACUAUUUUUUCACCGCCGUGUUCAUACUUGAGAGUACCAUGAAACUCAUUGCACUUGGUCUCAAGGUGUAUAUGAAGGAUAAAUGGAACCUCUUGGAUGUUGCUAUUGUAAUAUUGUCAGUUGUUGGAAUCGUUAUUGAAGAAAUCGUACAGGAUUUGAAAAUCAUUCCUAUUAAUCCCACUAUUAUUAGGGUGCUGCGAGUCAUGAGGAUAGCAAGAGUACUGAAGUUACUGAAAAUGGCUAAAGGAAUUAGGGCCCUUUUGGAUACUGUGAUGCAAGCUUUACCUCAAGUUGGUAAUUUGGGGCUUCUAUUUUUCCUACUAUUUUUCAUUUUUGCCGCCUUGGGUGUGGAGCUCUUCGGCAGGUUAGAUUGUAACAUAACACAAUGUCAAGGUUUGGGUGAGCACGCCCACUUUGAAAAUUUUGGAAUGGCCUUCCUUACAUUAUUUAGAGUGGCAACAGGAGAUAACUGGAAUGGAAUAAUGAAAGACACUUUAGAUGACGAAAACUGCGAUCACAGUGACGACUGCAUCAAGAAUUGCUGUAUCUCCCCUAUCAUAGCCCCAAUUUUUUUCGUCAUAUUCGUAUUGAUGGCUCAAUUUGUACUGGUCAACGUUGUUGUGGCGGUGUUGAUGAAACAUUUAGAAGAAUCCCACAAACAUUUGGAAGACGAACAAGAUAUGGAUGCUCAGUUAGAAAGAGAAUUCGCAGAAAAGCAAGAAAUAGAUGAAAGGCGAGAACUCUGUUUGGCUCUACAACUUGACCAGGAAUGCCAGAGGCAACAAAAGCCAUUAACUAAGGUUCUCUCACUGCCAUCUAACUUCAUUUACAAUCCUCCGGGGACAAGAAUCAUUUUAGAACAACAACCAUCCCAAACAAGACGUCAAACUCUACAUAGUCAUCAACCUAUCUUAAUGACAACUAAUUUGGACGAUAUUAAAAAUAUCGACGAAUCGCUAUCAGAUAUUUAUAGUAUUCAAGAAACAGUACCAGAACGCUUCGAAAAAAAUCACAAGCAGGUGAAUUUGGACGAAAUUGUGACAAUUUCCCCAUCCACAGAAACAGUGCCAAAGAAGCAAAAAGAAGACAACAAACCGAAGAAAACUAAUAACGAACAGAGUAAUAUGCAGUUGGUGGUUCCUCAGGAAGGAAAAUUGUUUCAAAAAAUGUAUGGAAGCACCAAACAUCUUUUCCAAAAACAGCCGUCAAUGGAUGUGGGAGAAGAGACGCCCUUUCUGUUAACCAUUCCUCGAAGUCUAGAAUUUGCGCAGAGCAUAGGAAAAGGUCAACGAAUUUCAACAGACAAACGAAACUCGGAUGUUGCGGAAAUUCAAAUCGAUAUCUCACACAUAACGAAAAAUAAUGGUAACGAUGUUGAAAAAGGCCAACAGCAUGAAGUUGACACAAAAGACAAUGAUAAUGUUAGUAAGUAGAUAUAUUUUUGUACAUGUAAAUAUCUGUAAAAAUGUUUCCUAGGAUUAUAUUUAUUUUUACAUAUCUGUAGUGACUGUUUAGUAUUUUAUACAUUGUUGAACAAACUAUUGGAUAUUGAACCAUAGGAAUUGUGAAUAUAAUUUAGUGUAUUCAAUGUUAGUUAUAAAUAAUCGUAAUUUUCAAUAAUUAUUUCAACUGAAUUCAGGAAUAAUCCAUUGAAAAUACUACAGGUGAUAUCGAAAAACUAUGGUAUGAACAAAUGCCGAAUUCAAAAAGCAAUCGUAGAAAAAUUCAUGUUGUUUUCGAAGUAGUCGUGAAUUGUAUUUUAAAACUAUGCAUGAGAAGCAAAGUAUAUAGUCAAAAUAAAGUAUAUCAAUGUCAAACAGAUAAAUCAUUAGAUGAAUGUAUAUUUUAUUGAUGUAUCGAGUACAUUACAUAAAAACAUAUAUCUUACUAAUGAAAGUUAUCCCAUUGAAUUUACUAAAAAUCUCACCUAAAAAAUAAGUGAAGACUAUUGCUCUGAGUCUGUCAUAAAUAAGUGAAUUCUCAAAAGAACUCAAUCAAUUGUUUUGUAUCUAUGCAAGUAAUUAUCAUAGUUUGUUGACUUUCAAACCGUAUGAUAGAGAGCGCAGAAAAAAUAUUCAUGUGUUUUUUGACAUGUAACAUAAUUUAAAAAUGUGGAGGGCUCUGAUAGUUCAUAAGACCUACCUCCACAUAAUAAAAUAAUUCAAAGUGAAAUUUUGAUGAAAAUCUCGGUUCAGAAGCAAAAUGGGUUCAUCAAACAAAGCAUAACUUGAAUUUACUAUGAAAUAUAUUUUUUAGUUUCGGAUUUCGUCGCAUGAUAUUGAAUAUUUUUGAAAGUUAGUUCCAAGUUGUUCCUCAUAAAAUAGAGGGAGACUCUGCAGGUAAUGCACAUAGAGACAUCUUUAACGAUAUUAUCAUAACAAAGCCCUCCAACCAAAUUUCCUUUCGGUGACACUCACACGAAGUAUUUUCUUCAACAAAUAUAAGUAGUGAAACUACUAUAUACAUUUUGCAACGUAGUGUUAUAUAUUGGAAUUUUUAAUACUACAUCAAUUUAAAAUUUCAUAUAUACUAACAUUUGAUCAAAUAAAUCUCGUUAUAUGCUUAUAUUUUCCUUUUGAACGUUACAGGUAAAUCCUUCUAUUUUAGGAAAAUCAUAUCAAAACUGAACUGUACAAAACCGUAUCACAGCAGAUAAUAUGCUGGUUAAAUUUGUUUGCAUCACCUUGUUCAGUAUUAUAUUAUAUAUUUUCAUAGCAAAAGAUUAAUAACAAGUAUAUUUAAUUUAUUUUGAAUAUGUCAAAAUUGUUUUGAGAAUUUGAAAACUGAACCAUAUGUUGGUUGGUAUAAAGACAAAAAAUUACAGCAUUUUUAUAUAUAUCAGCGCACACUUUUAUAUUGAAAGAUUGGUUAUAGCAAUUUCCAGAGUUGAGAGAUCGAAGAACAGUUCGUAUUCUCAUACAUUUCAAUUAAGGUAAAUGUACGAAAUGCCAAAAGUAUUGAGAAACCAGUCAAACACUCGAUAAACUUUCGUCAUCAGCACCAGAUUUAGAAUAAGUAGUAUGUAAAAACUACUGGGUACAUUCAAUAGAUGGACUCUUGUUGCCUGAAAUUCAUAAAAAAUGAUGCUGGUAUUACCAUAUGACAAAACUACACUGAUUUUUAUCUAUAUUGAUUAUUGUAUAUCUCAAAUAAGAAUUUGUGUUUUUUGUUAAGUACCUAUAUGUAUCUGAACUAUAAAUAAGAAAUAUCUUGAUAUCGGCAAUAAAAUGAUGUAACAUGGAAUAUAAUGAGCGAUCUAGAGAUAUAUCAUGUCAUGCAUUCUUUUACAGACCUGAAUAUUUUAUUUCAAGUACGUUUUUGUGAGAAAUACAUUUAUAUAAUUUUUAGUUGACACAAAAUUGUUCAUACAUGUAUAUUCCUAGAUAUUUUUACUAACAUUUUAUUGUAUUUGUUCACCGUAAACAAAUGACUAGUGAUUUGAUUUCUCUAGUUCUAUUGAUUACAUCGUGUGCAUAAAUUGACUAAUAUUUAUCAUUUCUUCAUUAGUAUUCAAGUUUUAAUUAUAAAUUGAUUUCUUCUUUUUAAUGUAGCUGAAAAUUAAGUUGAAACGUCUUUCAAAUUAAUACCAGUUCACAAAGAUUAAAAAUUAUGAAAUAAUAUAAAAAUCAAAUAUACCUAAACUAUAUUAGUGAGAUAUUUUGUUGCACGAUAUUGUUAUCUGAUACUAGUAAGAAAAAGACCGUUCUUCAGAAGCAAUUGAGAAGUAUUUAUAAAAAAAAUCAAAAUGAUUUUUUUGAUAAACCAAUAUCUUAGUCAUUGAGACAUCAAUACUUCAGUUUAUCGUUCUUCAAAUUGUCGUAUAAAAAACGACCCCUUCUUAUAUCGACCUCAGCAAGGUUUUGAAUAAUAUUUUAGAUAUCUAUUCGCAAUGAUCAUUAUCUAUGAUGUUCAAAUCAACCUGAUGUUAUUCGAAUAACUAGAAUUGUUUGAAUAAACAUCAGACAAGUUGAUAUGGAUUUUUAGGUACAAUCAUUACGAAAAGCAUCAGUGGGCUGGGCUAAAAAAUAUAUUUUGAUAAAUAAGCUGGUUUUUUGUUUUGUAGUACACUUCUUUUCGUAUCAAUGUAGCCCACAGAGUAAUCUUGCAACUAGAGAAAAAAUAAUAACUAAGUGCAUUUUCUGUAGUAGUUGAAUAAGUUGCUUAUUUGCUUAUUAUAAACUUUUUUUCAGUUAUCACAAAAGAAAUCAAGUGGUGAGCACACCGUACCUUUCAAUAUGAAAGAGUACCUAUUCAAUAAAAUAAUUUUUUUUAAAUCUCAAAUAGGGAUUAAUUCGGCCGGUUAAUUUCUUUUGAGACCAUAAUAACUCCACUUGAAAUAAAACACAUGCAUAAUGAACAAAUGGGGUAUAUUUAAUUCACAUUUUCAAUAGAAAUUAAAAUUACUUCACAAGUCCCGAAAAAAUUUCAAAAAACCCUUUACCUCAGUUACUUUUUGAAUCACGUGUCCUCAUCUUCUUUUAAAGUUCACAAUAUAAUAAUUAUUACAUUGAGUAAAACUUUUGAAAGCUUUAUAAUAUCAGAUAACAAAUAAGUGAAUAGAGGAAAUAAAAAAUCCACUGAAAACAACAAAAAAUCAGUUACAGUAAAAACACAAUUAUUCAUUUUGAAACAAUGUUAUUUGUUUAGACAAGGUUAAAACAUUAGUCAAAAUGCGUGAUUCUGACCAUUUAAUAUUAUGUCAUCUUGAUGAAAACAUACUUUGAUAUAACCCCUUUUGUUACUUGUCAGCAAUGUUUCAUCAUAAAUAAUAAAAUAGAAAAUAUCUUUGUAAAAGUUUACACAAUUUAUUUUAAAAAAAAUUUAAUUUUCAUAAACGUUUUCCUUCGUUUGUGGAAUAUAGAAAAGUUUAUUAAGUUCUGCUUCUUUAUCAAUCUCCAAUAAUUAAAAUGUUUGAAAGUCAACAGAACUAAAACACCUCAUAUCGAAGCACAACAUGUUAUUUAUGUUAUGGUAUAGAUUAUAAAGAAAAAAAUCAAACAUUGAAUUAGAUUUUAAAGUAUACUAUUAGAUAGAGUGAAAGUAGAGUAAAUUACUCUCAAAAAUGAUCCUUUAAUGAUAUCUCGGAUUAGGACUAACUACUUUUUUUUAUAAUAUAAUCUUAGUAUUUUUCAAUGAGGUCAUUGAUGUUGAAAGUAUUAUUUUCACCUUUUAAUUCAUGUGUAUUUCAAAAAUGUCCCCAUAAAUUAUAUUCGAAAGGAAUCGUUCCCUUAGAACUAAUCUGGAAUUUACAGGGUUCUCGAUUUAAACUGAUUGUUCGAAAGUAGAAUACACAAGUUAAAAGAAUAAUAAAGGGAAACAAUUCUAAAUAGACAAUCUCAACUUCGCCUUCCAUAUGCUUUUUCUGAUAGAAGUACUAACAACUGUCUCAAGUCAAAUUAAUAGGUAUAUAGGUUCAAUAAAUUAAUGACAAUUAUCUUCAUUUAAGUAAAAUAUAUGUAACAUCUGGUAGUGUUUGGAUUCUUAUUCAUAUAAUAUUGAAAAACGAUGUUAAACUGAUCUAUUCAAAUUAAAUAACAUUCACAAAUAAUUAUAUUAUUCAACAUUCACUUCAAUAUUAGCAUUUCUUAAUUUCCUUUUAAAUUACGAAAUUAUUUCCUGUUAACAGUCCAUUCGUUUAGGUGUCUGUGAUAUUUUAGUCUCUCUUUAGAAUAGUUCAUAUUCAAUAUUUUUAGGUGAAUAUUGUUGAUUAUGCUCAAAAUUCAUUGAAAAAUUCAAUGACCAUUUUUAGAUUCAAAUAUAUUUCAAAUAGCAUUUGAAACUAUAUCCUACUCUCAUUGAAUUUUACUAGAGUUUUGGGUACUUAUUUAUUUAUUAUUAUUAAGAAAUAUAUUGAAAUUGUUUCUUCUACCUGUGCCUUUUUCUGUCUUCAUAGCAGAACGUUAUCUUGGUUUCUAUUGUCAAUAGUAAAUAGAUAAAAGUAAAAUGUACAACUCAUACUUAGAAAUAUAAUAAAAUAAAUUCCAAUCA